UUCCGUUGGGAAGCUGAAGAUCAUCGACAGGCUGCUCCCUGUGGAUCAUUGGUUGUUAAUUUUGAUCGUUAACGGUGUCACCUCUAGGAUGAAUCCACUUAGGUCCGUUGCCUCUGUGGAUUUUAAUUAACCAGAAAUAUGGACAGAAAAUAAGCAGCGGCGGCUGGCUUCCUGUGGGAUUCUGCCCAGGCUUUUUUUUUCCUGUGUGUGUGUAUGUGUGUGUGUUUUUCUUUGGACAUGCCUGGUCUGUGGAGCAACGCUGAAAGAGGCUAGCUGGCCGACAGUCCGGCUAGCACAACAUUUCCAGGAUUUUAGAUGCUUGUUCAGCUAAGGAGCUGAUUUUAUUUUGGACCAGUGCUGCUUACCCUUCCUGGAGUAAGGAGUCAGCAUGGGAGAGCCCAGCCUGGACGACUCCAAUGUCAAGGUGGCUGUGCGUGUACGGCCCAUGAACAGGAGAGAAAAGGAACUAAACACAAAAUGUGUUGUGGAAAUGAUGAAGAACCAGACGAUCCUCCAUCCUGCUGGAGCAAACCUUGGAAAAGGAGACACCAGGAAUCAGUCCAAGGUUUUUGCCUAUGACUACUGCUUCUGGUCCAUGGAUGAGACCGAUAAGGAAAAAUUUGCCGGUCAGGAGGUGGUGUUCCAGUGCCUUGGGGAAAGUCUUCUCCACAAUGCCUUCCAGGGCUACAAUGCCUGUAUCUUUGCCUAUGGACAAACUGGUUCUGGAAAGUCGUACACCAUGAUGGGUUCAGGGGACCAGCCAGGGCUGAUUCCGCGCCUCUGCAGUGCUUUGUUUGAGCGGACCCAGAAGGAACAGCGGGAGGAGGAGAGCUUUACUGUGGAGGUGUCCUACAUGGAGAUCUACAACGAGAAGGUCCGAGAUCUGCUGGACCCCAAAGGGAGUAGACAAACACUGAGGGUGAGGGAGCAUAAAGUUUUGGGUCCUUACGUGGAUGGCCUGUCUCGACUAGCGGUAGCCAGCUACAAGGACAUUGAGUCUCUGAUGUCGGAGGGGAAUAAAUCUCGCACUGUUGCUGCUACCAACAUGAACGAGGAGAGCAGUCGGUCACACGCCGUCUUCAACAUUAUCCUCACGCACACACUCAAAGACUUGAAGUCUGGGACGAGUGGGGAGAAGGUGAGUCGUCUGAGUCUGGUAGACUUGGCUGGAAGUGAGCGAGCAGCAAAAACUGGAGCAGCAGGAGAGCGACUGAAGGAGGGGAGCAACAUCAACAAGUCCCUAACUACACUGGGUCUGGUGAUCUCUGCACUGGCUGAACAGGGAACUACCAAGAACAAGACCAAGUUUGUUCCCUACAGAGACUCCGUUCUGACUUGGCUGCUAAAGGACUGCCUGGGGGGCAACAGCCGCACCGCCAUGGUAGCGACUGUGAGUCCAGCAGCAGAUAACUACGAGGAGACUCUGUCCACGCUGCGCUAUGCUGACCGAGCAAAGAACAUCAUUAACCACGCUGUCGUUAAUGAAGACCCCAAUGCUCGCAUCAUCAGGGAGCUCCGGGAGGAAGUAGAGAAGCUACGAGUGCAGCUGACCCAGGCAGAGUCUUUGAAAGCUCCAGAGCUAAAAGAGCGUCUGGAAGAGUCUGAGAAGUUAAUCCAAGAGAUGACCGUCAGCUGGGAGGAGAAGCUUCGCAAAACAGAGGAGGUUGCACAAGAGCGUCAGAAGCAGCUGGAGAGUCUGGGUAUUUCCCUCCAGUCUUCAGGGAUCAAAGUUGGAGACGAUAAGAGUUUUCUUGUCAAUCUUAAUGCUGAUCCAGCCCUUAAUGAACUCCUUGUUUACUACCUGAAGGAACACACUAAAGUGGGCUCUGCGGACUCCCAGGACAUCCAGCUGUGUGGGAUGGGGAUCCAGGCGGAGCACUGUGUCAUUGACAUCACAGCAGAGGCCACAGUCAUGCUCACCCCCUACCGUAACGCUCGGACAUGUGUUAACGGUUCUCCAGUCACCAGUGCUUUGCAGCUUCACCAUGGUGACCGAAUCCUUUGGGGAAACAACCACUUCUUCAGGAUCAACCUGCCAAAGAGACGCUCGCGGGCAGCAGACGAUGAAGAGGGUGAGGGCGGCGUGAUGAAGAACAGCGGAAGCAGCGAGCAGCUGGAUGCAGACGGUGACACGGCCAGUGAAGUGUCCAGCGAAGUCAGCUUCUCCUAUGAGUUUGCACAGACAGAGGUCAUGAUGAAGGCCCUGGGCAACAAUGACCCCAUGCAGGCGGUCCUCCAGUCUCUGGAGAGGCAGCAUGAAGAGGAGAAGCGUUCAGCUCUGGAGCGACAGAGGCAGAUGUACGAGCAGGAGCUCCAGCAGCUUCGCAAGAAGCUCAAUCCAGACCGUCCGUCCACCGGCCAGUCUGGAGGACAGGCAUCAGGCCAGCAGGGACCAGGACAGCAGUCUCACUACCGCAGCUUGGAGAGACUCAGCAUGGGAGGGAUGAGCCACUCAUCCAGUGCUCAGAGCAGACUCAGGCAGUGGAGUGAGGACAGGGAGGCGGUGUUGGUGAGGAGUCUUCGGAGGUUGAGGGAACAGAUAGUGAGAGCAAACCUUAUGGUGCAAGAAGCCUGUUUCAUCUCUGAUGAGCUGGAACGUCACACAGAGUACAGAGUCACCCUGCAGAUCCCAGCAGACAACCUCAACGCAAACCGCAAGAGGGAUGCAGUGCUCAGCGAACCAGCGAUUCAGGUUCGACGACGGUGUCGAGGAAAACAGAUCUGGAGUUUGGAGAAGAUGGAGAAUCGUCUGGUGGACAUGAGAGAGCUUUACCAGGAGUGGCAGGAUUACAACCUCCAUCAUCAGGACAACCCAGUAAUGCGCUCAUAUUUCCGUCGAGCAGACCCGUUCUUUGACGAGCAGGAAAACCACAGUCUGAUCGGUGUUGCCAACGUCUUCCUCUCCUGUCUGUUCUAUGACGUCAAGCUGCAGUAUGCUGUUCCCAUCAUCAACCAAAAGGGAGAGGUUGCCGGGCGCUUGCAUGUGGAGGUGGUGAGAGUUGGAGGGGGAUUAGAAGACAGCAUGGCUGGAGGAGAUGAACCUGACAACAACCAGGACUCUGAUAUGGAGGAUCGCAAAUUAGUCUGCAUGAUCAAGAUCCUACAAGCCACCGGUCUUCCUCAGUUCCUGUCCAACUUUGUUUUCUGCCAGUAUUCCUUCUGGGACCAGCCUGAGCCCAUCAUCGUGGCUCCUGAAGUUGACACUUCAUCUUCAUCACCCAGCACAAAGGACCCACACUGCAUGGUGGUGUUUGACAGCUGCAAGGAGCUGGCAGUGUCGGUAACUGAGGAUUUCAUCGAGUACCUUACAGAAGGAGCAGUCGCCAUCGAGGUUUAUGGACACAGGCAGGCUGAUGCAGGAAGAAACCCGGCCCUGUGGGACCUCAGCAUCAUCCAGGCCAAGACACGCACACUACGAGACAGGUGGAGCGAAGUCACACGUCGCCUGGAGCUAUGGAUUCAGAUCCUGGAAAUAAAUGAAAAUGGAGACUUUGUCCCAGUGGAAGUGGUUCCAGCUAGAGAUGUGCGGACUGGGGGAAUCUUCCAGCUUCGGCAGGGUCAGUCGAGGCGAAUCCAGGUCGAUGUACAUUCCGUUCAGGACUCGGGCACCAUGCCUCUGAUAGCAGAGAUCGUGCUGGCUGUGUCGGUGGGAUGUGUGGAGAUCAGAAACACUACAGCAAACCAGGAAGGAGAUGAGAUGGACAGUUAUCAGGAAAGAGAUCUGGAACGUUUGCGGCGGCAGUGGUUAGCUGCUCUCACCAAGAGGCAGGAAUACCUGGACCAACACCUGCAGAGUCUGGUUAGCAAAGCAGAAAAGACAGAGGAUGACAUGGAGAGGGAGGCCCAGCUGCUGGAGUGGCGCCUGACUCUCACAGAGGAAAGAAAUGCUGUCAUGGUGCCCUCUGCUGGCAGCGGCAUUCCUGGAGCUCCUGCUGAAUGGGUUCCUCUGCCAGGAAUGGAGACCCACAUCCCUGUCCUCUUUCUGGACCUCAAACCUGAUGACUUCAGCUCUCAGGACCAGUUCGAGGUGCCUGAAGCUGGAGGUUGGGAUGCCAUUUUGAGUGGAGAAGAUGAGGACGACUUCUUUGACCUGCAGAUUGUCAAACACCAUGAUGGAGAGGUGAAAGCAGAGGCAUCGUGGGACUCCACUGUCCACGAGUGUCCUCAGCUGAGUCGCGGGGGAGCGUGGCCGGAGCAGCGCGUCUACCUGACGGUCCGAGUGGUGGUUCAGCUCAGCCAUCCCGCCGACAUGCAGCUGGUGCUGAGGAAGAGGAUCUGUGUCAACGUUAACCCAGGUCGUCAGGGUUUUGCCCACAACUUUCUCAAAAGGAUGUCGACGCGCAGCACCAUACCAGGCUGCGGCGUCACCUUUGAGGUGGUCUCCAACAUCCCUGGGGAUGCUCCAGGCUCAGAGGACAGGGAGAUGCUCGCUCGGCUCGCUGCAAGCGCACACAACAGCCAGUCAGCUGAUGAAGAGGCCGCCAUUGAGAAAUACCUUCGCAGCGUGAUGAGUCUGGAGAACAUCCUGACUCUGGAUAGACUCAGACAGGAAGUAGCAGUGAAGGAGCAGCUGACAGGCAGAGGGAGGAGUAACAGACGGAGUUUAAGCUCUCCUUCUGUCCACAGGCUGUCUGGCAGCAGACAGGACCUGUCCACGACCUGCCUGCUGGACGAUAAGGGUCGAUGGGAGAGUCAGCAGGAUAUCUUCAUGUCCUCUCAGUUUCACCGCACCCUCCCACGCCCGGCCUCAUCCCCAUCCACCUACUCCACCUCCCCUUCUUCUUCUUCUACUUCCUUUGCAAUGACGCCCCCACAGAACCAGGAACCAGAACAAGGUCGUUCAGGACUUGCUGCCUCUUAUCUUUCAGUUAAGGCGCUGGUUCCUCAGAUGCCCAAACUGCUCAAGUCUCUGUUUCCAGCACGAGAUGACAAGAAGGAGCUGAGACCUUCGGCCCACAGCCAGCAGCAUGCGCCUCGAGUCAUGACAUCAUCAGGAGGGGACGAGAGCAGAGUCAAGCCUGAGACGGCUGCUAUGCUACGGCCCCCGGCCAAAGACAGACGGACUGAGUUUUCCGAAGUCCCUCCUCUUCCUGUGCAUGACCCGCAUGACAUCACCCCCCUCAGCCCCCUCAGCCAGUCAUCAAGCGGUUAUUUCUCCACAAGUGUCUCUACAGUCACCCUGUCCGACGUCCUCCAACCCUCUUCCUCGUCUUCCUCCCUCCUGGGUGCUGAGACCACGUUCUCCACAAACCCUCAGCAGCAGGGCGCUGAUAGGAACGAUGUUUUGACCUCUCCUCCUCAGUGUGGUGGCAAGAUAGCAGCCGUGGCUCCGCCUGCUUCCCACAGCUCAGCCAAUCACAACAACGUCUCCACAGAACUCUCCUUCUCGGACCAGAAGCUGAUGAACUCAGGAGGAGGCGAAGGCUUCGAGAGGCUGGAGAUAUUUGUGGAUGAUGAAGAGCGUUGUGAUGACAACGUACUGCCUGACUGGCUGACAGAAGGGGCGUAUGUCACAGUAGGAAACAACAAGGCGGGAACUGUGCGCUAUAUAGGAGCUACGCAGUUUGCAGGGGGAUUGUGGGUGGGGGUGGAGUUGGACACUCCUGUAGGUAAGAAUGACGGGUCAGUGGGAGGACAUCGGUAUUUCCAGUGUAAACCAGGUUACGGGGUGCUUGUCCGCCCAGACCGGCUAUCCAGCCGCGAUCGGACCAGUCGGCGGGCGGGAGACUUUGCUCCUCCCGCCCACGUCUCCGUCCUGCGAGGAGAAGCCAUCGUAUCACGGCGUGGGGAGAACCGCAAAUCCUGGAGCAGCUGAGAUAGGAAACCAGGAGCUGGAAGGGAGAGAUGAACUCCCCCUCAGUCCUCCUCCUCUCUCCCCCUCCUCUCAGCUAUGCAACAGGCUCACACAUCAGAACUGACCCACUGUCUGACAACCUAUAGUUGGAAACUACACAUCCCGCGGCCGUGCACGGAGAGUGGAUAAGCAUAGAAAACAAAGUGAAGAGACUUUUAGGAAAAAAUGCAAACAGGUCAACGAUGGAGUUUAUAAAAGUCCAAGGAGAGGAAGUUUUUGAUGCUACGCGCUAAGCGACUAGCAGUCUGCAAGAAGGAUGCUAAGAGUGAAUGGAAACAGAUUUGGGAUCAUAUUCGGACCAUCAGAGAUGCUCUAUGAGCUGAUAUGCAGGGAUGCAAAUGACACAAUUUUUUUUUUUUUUUUUAUCCCAGCUGAUUAUUUGGUGGCGUUUUAAAACUCAAUGUAGCCGUUCAGAUCUCUAACCUAACUCUGACAAGCUGACACCUACAUGUCAUAUCUGUUUCUCUUACAUUUAAUUUUCCUCCUGUUUUUGUUUCUGCAUCAAAAUCACUAAAAACCUGUUGUCAGAGGGAUGAAAACCUCACACUAGCCAGUGUGUUUGCAUCCCUGCGUAUGUUCACCUGGUAGUCCUGAGACUCCCAUGUCCCAGAAUUAACCACUACAACUGCCACUCUCCUGAACUCUGCAGGUUUAACUUUGCAGACUUUGGCUCUUUGUUUCAGGCUCGUCCCUCCUGGACUCCUUUUUUUUCUUUUGAAGAUUGAUCCUCCCAGAAUGUGCCUUCACCAUGGCCUGGUUUGUGUUACUUUUUUUGUGUAUAUUUCUGUUCGUGUGGAAGAGAAUGCCUUCUGCUAAGUGUGAGGUGAUCUCAGGGCCUGCGGAGGGAAAAGGAUAACGUGGGAUGUGCGUGUCUGUGUUUGUGUGUUUUGUAAAGGUUGUACAGUUUUGCCUCGUGUGCACAAAUUGUUCGAUAUUGUUGUUGUGGUCGUGCUGGUGUUGAAAAAUUAGUAGUGUAGUACAGGAAGGGUUGGGUUGUGGUCGGGAAAAGCCACUUAUGAGGAGCAAGCCGCUUAAACUGAGAGGCUUUAAAAGUAGAUUUGCACUGGAGACGUUGGAUAAGAGGCUUCUGUACGUGAACAGAGCGGGACUGUGGUUCUGAUGCAGCCAGAUGGAGGGAUGCUCCUCCAACCAUCUGAGGUGAUGUAAAGACAUUAGAUGAUGGCCUCAUCUCCAUCUUUGUGAUGUCACUUUGCGUCCUUGUAAGCAAACUACCUGGUGUUCUUCCUGUUUGGCCGCCAGGAGGCGCUCUAUCCGCAGUAUGUUGACGGAAAGAGGGAAGAGUAUGUAAGGAAGAGUAAGUGAGUUUCUGCUGGAUAUAUCAAGCUUGUAAGGAGAAUAUUAUUCUAUGCAUUUGAUUUUGUUUUUUUUUUGGGGUUUUUUUUUUUUAGAAUAGUUUUAAAUUUUUACAUCUAAGUACUGACAUUACUGGAAGAACGAGCUACGAUCGUAUUUUGGGAGAAGAUUAAAUUUGGAAACUGAUGAAAACAUUCCUGACACCCAGGAUGAUGUGGCCAAGUUUGGGAGUUUCUAAAUUAGUUUUUAGUUUUAUUAAACAUUCCAAGACUACAGCCUUUUCUACUGACCUUAUUCACGAGUAUUCACUUAUGGACAGACACUUUGUAGUGCGCUGUAGUACACCUUCAAGAAAUGUACCAUAAAUGGUAUAUACACGUGUCCCUGCAGUACUUUUCUGUAAGCUAAAGGGCAGUUUUACCUAUUUUUCCACAGUAAAUCCAGAUCACUUCCUGUUCUCUGCUCAGCCAGUGAGAAGAUGCUGUAUGUGUGGGAGAAGCUGUACAAGGCAGUCCUGAUGAUGCCACGUUCGGAUGGGAGAUGGAGCAUGCAGCAGUUAUGGAGUUUGGGCGGUCGCAGGAAGUACAGCACUGUGCAGAAGUCUUGAGCCACCCUUCAUUUCUUUGCUUUAUAAGUUCCCAGGAAUACAAAAUAGCUCAUGUGAUUAAUUGAAAGGUGUUCAAACAUGAGUAUAAAUACAGCCUAUGAGGGGGAAAAGUAUGAAAGUCAAUAUUUGGUUUCAGCAGUUUUACUUCCUGAACUCAGCCUGAAGCCAUCUUGUUCAUCACACUUCUUGAAGGACAGUCAAAGCUCUUCUUGUGAUCUUGGCUUGUUAUUUAUCAUACCUCAGCUUUUUCUUCUUGUUGCCCUUCCUUAUGGAAACCAUUUCUGAUCACUCUCUGAUCUAAAAGCAUCUCGACUCAACCUUUAGCUGAUCCCAGCUUGUCGUUUUUUUUUUCCUCCACUUGUCCUGUUUCCUCUAGUUUUCAAGGACACACCCUGCUGAAAAAAAUACAAAGUUUUUACUGACAUCUGUCCGGGAGUCAUCAUGUUGGUGUAAACAUGAUUAAAUUAAAUUUAUUUCUGUCAAAAUGUGCUAAUGGGAUUGUUUAUUGAUGCAACAAAAGAAAUGGGAAGGAUUCAUGUUUUUGUAUGUUAGUUCAUCCUUAGUUAGGUGCGUUUGUUUGUAGGUCAGCAUUUUAACAAUGGGCAUCUAAAAGGUUUCAAAUAAGAGAAUAAAGCAGCCAAAACAAGUCUGGAAAACUGUUGCUCAUGACCUCUUUAAAAGAUUACAGCAAAGUCCGGCUCACUGAAAACCAAAUCUAAAGAAAUGAGAGUUGGCUCAAGACUUCAGACUUGGACGUUCUCCAAUAAUGAGUCAGACUGGGAUGUGUGGGAACUGUGGAGUUGAAGUCAUGUUGUCUCACCAAGUGAGCAGAAGGCCGGUCGGCUUAUUUAAAGGUGGAAGAUAAAUAUAUCUUCAGCACUGUGUCAACGGCAGAUCGGAUUAUUUUUUUAUUGAGUCUUUUUUCUUCCUGUUACCGUUUCUAUGGUGACCUUGAUUUUAUCCAUGUACUCAAAUUGAUCAUGUUAAAGAUAUGCUUGCUAUGAAAUGAUGUGGAAUACUGCGCUUAUAUAAAGGCUCUGUGUGUCCAGACUGUGUGGAAACCACACGCUUUGCAUUUUAUUUCAUCAUGCGUCUUUAUGUGAGGGGUGUGAAGUUAGUAUUUAUAUAGAAAUGCUCGUAAACAUGCUUUUACUGCAUGGAAAUUAUUAAAAGCCUUUUUUUUUAAUGAAUAUUGCACAAAUAAUUUCAUGAGAAUUGCUGCUAUAAGCAUUGUAAAUUACCUGUAAAUGGAUCCAGUAAUUUAUCUAAGCCUCUUAAUCUCUUGUGGUAAGCUAAUUCGGGUUUUAACGGUUUCGUGUGUAAUCCCAAACGAGCUAAAUUUCAGUUCAGUAGCCAAUAUUUUUAAACUGGCACUUUGACAAAAGAGGAUGUUGUUUCUGCCUAAAAACUCACUCAUUCUUAAUUUUUGAAGAAAAAUGAGGACAUUUUGAAGGAAGGAAGUUUAUUAUCAGGCCUUAAAGUCCUCUGAUUGGUUGUUAGCUGCCUGGUAUGUUUUCGAUUGGCCGGCAUGUCGGAGUAGUUUGGUUGUUUUUGUAACGUUGUGCUUGAUGACAGGUGGUAGAAAAAAGAGGCAGUGAAGUUUUAUUGUGUGUGACAGUGUGUAUAGAUAGAUAUAAAUGUGUGUGUGUGUUUGACUGGACCUGGCUCUGACUCAGAUGGGAAAUGAUCACCAGCCGCUCCUUCACCCACUUCCUCUGUGGCGGCUGGACUUUCCCAACCUGGUCUCUGCUCAGAAACUGUGCUUGGGGGGGAGGGGGUUGAGAUCACUUCAGGCUUUUGGUUGUCCCUUUGUGUUGUUGUGCCUCAGAAAACCAUGUGACCAUGUAUUUUCCACACACUGUUUUCAUAUCAAUAACUCAUUUGCACAGAGGGGAUUGAAGCGUUAACUUCAGCAAUACUCAGAAGUAUAGGAAUUUUUUUUUUUAUGAUGAUUAAUGUUCUCGUGUAAUCAGCUGUCCUGAUCUUCAGCUGUUUCUUCACUCUCUGCUUCAUCUACUUGAAAAACGAAGUAAAAAUGCCAGACUGGAUUGUCAGUGAGUGUUUUAUAUGAGCUGAAGGGUGGCAGUCACAGCACCAAUGAAUUAUUAACCUGGCGUCAUAAUUCUGGCGUUUUCAGGUGCGCCCAAUAACUGGCGAGCAUUCGCACAAUUCCAGAUUUUUCUACCAUCGCAACCUGCACAGCUGAAAGGCUAUGGAGGUAGGAUAGCUAGUAAGUUUAAUCACUUUUAUCUCCAGUUUUAGAAGUUCAACAAGUAACAGCAACAAAUUAAAUGUACGAGGGCAGAGAAGUCUGAAAAUACAAGUUAACUUGUACCUCCAGUUGUAGACAAAUUUGAAGUAACUAAUAGCAGAGACAUGUUUUUCAAUCUCCAGAAAGACACCUUUUUAAGUAUCCAUGAACUGUCUAUGCGCUAUGACUGUCGAGCUGGUCUUGGUCAGACUGUCAGAGCUGUACUUUUCCAUUCAACUUGCAGUUGGGUUGUGGACACAAAGGCCUUCCUCCCUCCUCUCUCUGGGACUGGGUCUAGAAAAGGCGUACAAAAUGUAGAACAAAAAAACUAACAUGUAUUUUCAGACUUGGGGAAUUUAUUCAUACUUGAAGAUUUUCACAAAGAGUUUCAAAUACAAGUUGUGAACUUGUCCCUAUCCUAACUCCAUAGAGAGGCUUCAGGAGCAUCAUGUGACUGAUCCCUCACUACAGACACCCACUCAAACCCAAGAAGGGCCAGUUAUUGCAGAUGUUAAUAAAAACACUAAAUAUGGCUCAAAAUAAAACAGAUGAGUUUAAACUGUGUUGUUAGGUUUAUAUAUGAAUGAUGUACCUCCUUAACAGCCACUUCUAGUUCUGUUACAGUAGUCUCACUGUCACAUGUCGUGUUGACGUCACAGUUUAAUGAGCAAUGCAGCGAGGAUGUUCAGGCCUUGUCUAUUUAUUCUCACUCUUUAGACUGCCUGGUAUCACUGCAGUGUUCUUAUGAUCAAUAACCAUCACUACUGAAAAAACUGCACCAAAACAAGAAACAUUACCAUCCAGUGUCAACUUCUCUGUUUUAUUUUUAGGUUAAGGACUAAUAGGAUGUCAGUUUUGGUGCACGCCGCUGAUUCAGCAUGUUUCUUUAGUUUCAGCACACACGCUCCACAUAAAUCUGUAGCUCUGACGUAAGAUGGAAAAUUGUUACGCACACACUGUACAGAGCAACAAAAGCCAUUUAAUGGGAUGGAUUCAGUGGCAUCAUUGUUUCUGACUAUCAGCCACAUUUUCUUUAAUCUGAUUUGAAGUGUUUUCAGCCCCUCAGACUGUUUCUCCCUUUUUAUUUUUAAGUGCUUGUAUGUUUUGUUUUUUGCUCAGAAUGUGAUCUAUACCUUUGUGCUGUUUGUUGCUUUUCUUGCAGCUCUGUGUUAAGUGUAGGUUCACUGGUCUGGAGAAAACCCUGCCUUUCUGUGGCCUUCAACCUGGAUCUAGACUGGUUUCAGCCAGAACAGUCUUCACUUUCUAACUAAACCCUCAGGAUAAUACGUUACUCUCCAGGGUUAGUUACAAAAAAAAAAAAACGCUCUGGUCCACUAUUUAAUA